AUGGCAGCAGGGCAGCAGCAGCAGCGCCAACAUCUUCCCGAUGCCACAGACCCCCCGCUGCUCUUCGCCCCGCCACCGGCGGCGGCAUUGCCAUCUUCUUCCCUCUCUCUUUCCUCCUAUUCCUCCUCCUCUUCCUUGCGGCCGUCCAUCACCAGCUUCCCCAUCCUCGUGCUCACGGUGCUGGGCAUCCUCGCCGCCUCCGUCCUCCUCCUCGCCUACUACGUCUUCGUCAUCCGCUGCUGCCUCACCUGGCACCGCGGCUCCUCCGACGUCGCCGGCCUCAUCGUCUCCCGCCGCGGACUCCGCCCCCAACGCACCGGCACCACAACCUCCGGCAGCACCGCGCCCGCCGACGCCGACGCCGACGCCGAGCCGCGCGGUCUCGAGGAUGCCGCCAUCCGGGCGCUGCCGGCGUUCAGCUACAGGAAGAAGCCCGACAAGACCGCGGCGGCCGCCGAUGAGUCAUCCGCCCAGGCGAGCGAGUGCGCGGUGUGCCUUGGCGAGUUCGAGGAGGGCGACAGGGUCAGGAUGCUGCCCGCCUGCCUCCACGUCUUCCACCUCGGCUGCGUCGACGCCUGGCUCCAGGGCAACGCCAGCUGCCCGCUCUGCAGGGCCAGUGCGGACGUCGCCGCCACCCUCUGCCGCCUGCCCCCGCUGCCGCCCGAGGAGGAGGUGGUGGUGGCCAUCCAGGUCGUCGUCCCCGGCGCCGAGGAAGACCAAGACGCGCUGCCACGGUACCGAGAGGCCACCGUGGCACCUGCUGCCGAGGUCGAAGGAGAAGGUACUGGUGAGAAGACGAAGAGCACCAUCAAUGUUCUUCCACCGAGGACGUCCUUCUCCAUGGACGGAGACGCAAUGGCUGCUGGUGGGGAGGUUCACCUGCAGAUUCAGAACAUCUUGCAGAGGGACAGCCGUACACAUGAUGAUCAUGACAGCGACAGCAGCGGCGGCGGUCGAGUGUAG